UCCAUCUUCCUGUAUCCUUUCCGCUGUGGCCGUGACAUUUACGUACUUUUUUUGGGAGAAACAUUUAACCUUCAUAGGCGCGUACCUCAACAUUCUCAAUACUGACAAUAAUUUCCCUCCUCUUACCCUACGCUCGCUGGUUGUGCCGUUCCUCUUCCAGACAAAACCCUAACCCUUACUCUCAAGGAGGGAGAGACCGGCAUUUGGAAACCCUAACCGCCGCCAUGGCCUCGCAGACGGUCGUCAACAAUCUAUACGAGACGGCUUCGCAGCCGGACACUAGCGGCGACGCAUAUACCUUCCUGGAGUUCAACACCCAGGGAGACGACUACGACUACCCGGAGUUCCAAGAACUCUCCCAGCCGAACAGGUCGCCGACGUGGCGGGCACCGUUGGCGGAUACUCAAGGUGACGAUCUCCAGUCCCCCGGUCCUAGCAAUUCCGUCCCUUCUUCUUCCUCCUUGUCGGCGGCUACGGGAUCGCAAUUGGUCGGUAAGACUAAGACUGCAGUUGCUUCUGUCACUGUGGACGGGCUUGCGUCGGGAAUGAGCGGACUCAACUUUGAGGAGACCGGUGACGAUGAGAAUUACGAGUAUGGGAAAGGGAAUUUUACCGAACACGCAUGUAGAUAUUGUGGGGUGCAGAAUCCGGCGUGCGUCAUUAGGUGUAACGUUCCAUCAUGUCGGAAAUGGUUCUGCAACUCGAGAGGGAACACCUCGGGAUCUCACAUCGUCAACCAUUUGGUUCGAGCAAAGCACAAGGAAGUUUGCCUCCACAAGGACAGCCCACUGGGGGAAACGAUACUUGAGUGCUAUAAUUGUGGAUGCCGUAAUGUUUUCCUACUUGGAUUUAUUUCUGCAAAAACAGAGAGUGUUGUUGUUCUGCUGUGCAGAGAACCUUGUUUGAGUGUCAAUGCACUGAAAGACAUGAAUUGGGAUCUCAGCCAGUGGUGUCCUCUGAUUGAUGAUAGGUGUUUCCUUCCAUGGCUUGUCAAGGUUCCUUCUGAACCGGAGCAGCUGAGGGCACGACAGAUUACUGCUCAGCAAAUUAACAAAGUGGAAGAGCUCUGGAAGACAAAUCCCGAAGCUUCAUUGGAAGAUCUUGAGAAGCCUGGGGUUGAUGAUGAGCCUCAGCCUGUGGCUUUGAAGUAUGAAGAUGCAUAUCAGUAUCAAAAUGUAUUCGCCCCACUAAUUAAGCUUGAAGCAGAUUAUGAUAAGAUGAUGAAGGAAUCUCAGAGUAAAGAUAAUGUAACUAUCAGAUGGGAUAUUGGCCUCAACAAGAAGCGAAUAGCCUAUUUUGUCUUUCCCAAGGAAGAUAAUGAACUAAGGCUUGUUCCGGGAGAUGAGUUAAGGCUGCGAUAUUCUGGUGAUGCAGCUCAUCCUGCAUGGCAGUCUGUUGGACAUGUGAUUAAGCUUACUGCUCAAGAGGAGGUUGCACUUGAGCUCCGUGCUAGUCAGGGAGUUCCUACAGAUUUGAACCAUGGAUUCAGUGUAGAUUUUGUUUGGAAGAGUACUAGCUUCGAUAGAAUGCAGGGAGCAAUGAAAACAUUUGCUGUGGAUGAAACGAGUGUUAGUGGAUACCUGUACCAUCAUCUUCUUGGCCAUGAAGUUGAACUUCAAGUAGUUCGAAAUUCACUUCCUCGACGUUUUGGUGCUCCAGGGCUCCCGGAGUUGAAUGCAUCUCAGGUUUUUGCUGUUAAGAGUGUUCUUCAGAAGCCAAUUAGUUUAAUACAAGGUCCUCCUGGAACUGGAAAAACAGUCACGUCUGCAGCACUUGUGUACCAUAUGGCUAAACAAGGCCAAGGACAAGUCCUCGUGUGUGCCCCAAGUAAUGUGGCCGUUGACCAACUGGCUGAGAAGAUUAGUUCAACCGGAUUAAAGGUUGUUAGGCUCUGUGCUAAAUCAAGAGAGGCUGUAAGUUCUCCCGUUGAGCACCUUACCCUUCAUUAUCAGGUGCGUCAUCUGGAUACAUCUGAAAAGAGUGAACUUCAUAAGCUUCAACAACUGAAAGAUGAACAAGGUGAGUUAUCGAGUAGCGAUGAAAAGAAGUUUAAGGCAUUGAAACGAGCCACAGAGCGGGAGAUACUUCAGAGUGCAGAUGUCAUUUGUUGCACUUGUGUUGGUGCAGGUGAUCCUCGGUUGGGAAACUUCCGGUUUCGCCAGGUUCUUAUUGAUGAAUCCACCCAGGCAACAGAACCAGAAUGUCUCAUUCCUUUAGUUCUCGGAGUAAAGCAGGUUGUUCUUGUUGGAGACCAUUGCCAACUAGGCCCUGUCAUUAUGUGUAAGAAAGCAGCUCGCGCUGGAUUAGCACAAUCUCUCUUUGAGCGUCUUGUGCUUCUUGGGCAUAAGCCUUUCAGAUUACAGGUCCAGUACCGAAUGCAUCCUUCUCUUUCAGAAUUUCCCUCUAAUAGCUUUUAUGAGGGUACCCUUCAAAAUGGAGUAACAAUAAAUGAAAGGCAAUCAUCAGGCAUUGAUUUUCCAUGGCCUGCUCCUAACCGUCCUAUGUUCUUUUACGUCCAGAUGGGGCAAGAGGAGAUAAGUGCAAGUGGAACAUCAUAUCUAAACAGAACUGAAGCUGCAAAUGUGGAAAAAAUUGUAACUACAUUUUUAAGAAGUGGUGUGGUGCCUAGUCAGAUUGGAGUUAUAACACCAUACGAAGGUCAGAGAGCAUAUAUUGUAAACUAUAUGUCAAGAAAUGGUUCUCUCAGGCAACAACUUUAUAAGGAAAUUGAGGUUGCAAGUGUUGACUCUUUCCAAGGUAGAGAAAAGGAUUAUAUCAUUUUAUCUUGUGUUAGGAGCAAUGAACAUCAGGGUAUUGGAUUUCUUAAUGACCCUCGUAGGUUGAACGUGGCUCUAACACGAGCUCGCUAUGGCAUUGUUAUUUUGGGGAAUCCGAAGGUUCUGAGCAAACAGCCACUAUGGAAUGGUUUACUGACGCAUUACAAGGAACGUGAGUGUCUUGUAGAAGGACCUCUGAAUAAUCUCAAACAGAGCAUGGUACAAUUUCAGAAGCCAAAGAAGAUUUAUAAUGACCGUAGGCUUUUCAUUGGUGCUGGCCCUGGUAUUGUGUCUGGUGAUAAUUUUGGUCCUGUUAAUUUGCCAAGCCCAAAUGCUGACAAGAGAGUUGGACGGAUGAAAGGCCACUCUUACAUGCCAUUUUCAACACCAAAUGGUACUCAUAAACCAGUGGUGCACCCGGCAGGCUAUCCAUUGUCCCGAAUCCCCCUUCCACCUUUUCCUGCUGGCCCCCACUCUCAGCCAUAUGCUAUUCCAACUCGUGGAGCUGUCCAUGGACCAAUUGGAGCUAUGCCUCAGGUUCCGCAGCCCGGGAACAGGGCCUUCGGUGCUGGUCGAGGCAAUGCUGGCGGUCCUAUUGGAGGUCAUCUAAGUCAUCAACAUAACUCACAGCAGGCUGUGGGCAGCUUUGGUCCUGGAUUUAGUUUUCCUUCAAUGGACAAUCCAAACAGCCAGCCCUCCCUUGGUGGUCCAUUAUCCCAAAGUGGACUAAUGACACAGCCACCUGUUCAAGGUCUCAGCCAGACUUUUAAUGAUGGAUUUUCCAUUGGUGGCAUGUCUCAGGAUUAUGGCGACGACUUCAAAAGCCAAGGAUCACAUGUUGCUUAUAAUGUGGCAGACUUUUCUUCGCAGGCUUCCCAAAGUGGAUAUGCUGUUGAUUAUGUUGCCCAAGGACCUCAGGGUGGAUUCCCAAGCUACCUAAAUCAGAAUACCCAACCAGGAUAUACCCACCUGGGCACUGGGAACGACUUCAUCUCUCAGGAUUAUAUGACGCAUGGAUCACCAGGGUUAUUCACGCAGGCAGGAUUCAAUGAUUCUUCACAAGAGUCUUCUCAGAGCCAUUUUGGUGGACCAGGUCCUCUUCAGUCACAGGGCCUCAUAAAUCCUGUAUAUUCCCAACCAUUCACCCAAUACAAUACCCAGCCUUUAAAUUUGCAUCCUCCACAUCAGCUGAACAGAACUAAGUGAAGCAAAAGCAUCUUUACAUUGGCUGAGCUGCUUAAUCUUAUGGUUCAUAUGGGGACCAAAUUCUCUCAAUGAGAAAUAUGAUUUUGCCAGUAUUUGCCUUUAGUGGCUCAUGGAAAGUUAUAGAAAGCUGGGGUAGCUUGCUUUUCCCCCAAGUAGAUGGAGAUUGGAUUUGUGUCCAUAUAGCUCGGAUUGCGGACCCAAUCUUCUACCAGCCUGAGGUAAAAUGGUGUCCAUCCCUUCCAUCUUGUUGGUUUAUGAUACUUGUCAGGGAACAACUAGCCUGUCGCAUGUCUUUGAGGCAAUCUUCGGAUUCUAUCAGCCUAUACCAGCAAGCAGUCUCGGAGUUGAAUUUGAUCCUUAUUUUAGGAUGGCCUUGUUUCCAUCCCCUUGGUCUUGAAAGUCUCAAUGAAUUCACAUUUUUUGUACAUAAUAGUCUUACUCCUUGUUUAAAUACUUGGACGAUGCUACAGUAGGUAUGUUUCCUUAAGUUAGUUGGGUUGUUCUGUAGUUGGUGAUUGUCUAAAACUUGACCCCUUGCUCCAGACUCAGUGCGUUAUGUAAAGUCAUAUUUAGAUGCCUUUUGCUUUCUUUGAGUAAGGUUAAUUCUUUGCUUGGGAUGCCUGUUUUGGUGUACAUUGUUGCUUAUAUUUUGAUAGAAUUUUUAUAAUAUAUGGACAUUUUUUUGUUGAA